AGGUGCCCCGAAUGCGGCGACCGCUUUAACCAAAAUUCGGCGUUAGCGGCUCAUGGGCGGAUCCAUACGGGCCAAAAACCCUAUAGGUGCCCCGAAUGCGGCGACCCCUUUUACCAAAAUUCGGCGUUAGCGGCUCAUGGGCGGAUCCAUACGGGCCAAAAACCCUAUAGGUGCCCCGAAUGCGGCGACCGCUUUAACCAAAAUUCGGCAUUAGCGGCUCAUGGGCGGAUCCAUACGGGCCAAAAACCCUAUAGAUGUCCCGACUGCGGGAAGAGCUUUAGCGAUAGUUCUUAUUUCGUUCAACAUCAACGCCUUCAUAUAGGCGACACACCCUACGUGUGUCGCGAUUGCGGGAAGCGUUUUAUAUGGAGCUCGGCUUUGAUCCGUCAUCGACGAAUCCAUACGGGCGAGAAACCCUAUACGUGUCCGGAUUGCGGGAAGAGUUUUAGCGAGUCAUCGACGUUGUUACGUCAUCGACGGAUCCAUACGGGCGAAAAAUUCUAUAAGUGCACCCAAUGCGGGAAGAGUUUCAACGACAGCUCUUCGUUGACGCGUCAUCACCGCGUCCAUACGGGCGAACGACCCUACGCGUGUCCCGACUGCGGGAAGAGCUUUAUGGAGAGCUCUACGCUCAUCGCCCAUCAUCGUAUCCAUACGGGAGAGAAACCCUAUACGUGUCCGGAUUGCGGGAAGAGCUUCAGUCAAAGCUCCAACUUGGGGACCCGUCAACGGAUCCACGGGGAACGACCCUAUAGCUGCGUCCAGCGCGGGAAGAGUUUUUACCGGCGUUCCGAUCUCAUCCGUCAUCGCCGCAGCCACCUCGGGAAUCGCCGCAAAUGA